CCUCCCCGGUUCCAUUCCCUUGGCAGAAGCUUCUGAUCAUUGGUCCAGUCCACAUCGGAGAACAUCAUGAAGUCCAAUUUUGUCUUUGCGUGUCUGGUUCCGCUUGUGUCCAUCCUCUCGGCCCAGGCAUUGGCGGCACCUGAAUGCGGACCCUGUGACCCAGCCCAGUGCACCCCUCUCCCGGCCACGGGGUGCCCCGCCGGUUCGGUUCUGGACCCCUGCGGCUGUUGCGAGCUGUGCGCAGCGGCGGAGGGAGAGCAAUGUGGAGGCCGCCGUGCGGCAACACGCCGCUGCGGGUCCGGGCUGGAGUGCGUCCGGGCUUCCGAGGACAAAAAGAGCAAGCUGGGCGUGUGCGUGUGUAAGAACAACUACCAGGUCUGCGGCACCGACGGCGUCACGUACGCGAGUGCGUGCGCGCUGAAGCGUGCCAGUGUGCGCGCGCAGAAAGACGGACAAGAGGAAGUCACUGUCCGCAACAAAGGACGCUGCGCCUCAGCUCCGCUUAUUGUGACUCCUCCGGGGAGCGUUUUCAACGUGAGUGGCGCUCAAGUGUACCUCAGCUGCGAGGCGGUGGGCGUGCCCACACCUGUGCUCACCUGGAGGAAGGUGAUCGCUGGGAAGAAGAGGGUGGAGCUUCUUCCCGGGGACCGAGACAACCUGGCCAUCCAGACCCGAGGAGGACCAGAGAAACAUCAAGUGACUGGCUGGGUUCUGAUCUCACCACUCACUGAAGAGGAGGAGGGUUCUUAUGAGUGCCACGCCACUAACGCGAAAGGUGAAGCGUCGGCUGUUGGAUCCAUUCACGUGGUGGAGUCCAUCGAUGAUGUCGUCAAGAAAGUGAUGAAGGAAGAAGAACUGUGAGCAGCUGAUCUUCAUCCUUGGAUCACCCUCACAUUUAUUCUCUCUUCUUUAAACACCUUUCCUGGCAUAUAGAAGCCACUUUUAUUUGUAGACACCCUCACUAUAUAUUAUCAAUAAACAGUUCAUCAAUAAA